AUGUACUAUUCUGGUGAUGCUAGCAUUGCAUGUUGUUUUUGUAAUGAAGAAAGGUACGAAGGCAUUCUCCCAAGGAAAACAACCUAUCAAUUGUCAAUUGGCAGACAGUUAGCCGAUUUCCUUGCAAACAGUGCCAAUGUUUCUAAAACUGUGGAGUACAAAAAAACUCUUAUUGAGGAUUUCUUGUCAGUUAAAGAGCCAAUAUAUAAAAAUGUUUUCAAUAGAAGCAUUUUUGGUGGAGUCAGAGGAAUGAAAGAGCUCAGCCUUGCCCUGCAUAUUAAUGGGUUUAACCCAUUCAAAAGAGGUGGAAUAUCUAUGAUAAUCAUUAUGGCCACAAUCGUAGAUCUUCCACCAACAGAAAGAUAUAAGCAAGAAAACAUAUUCAUUUUUUCGAUUAUUCCUGGACCAAAGAAGCCAAAAAAUUUAUUCAGUUCUCUAUACCCAGUGCUUCAAGACUUUUUUGUUUUGGAGAGUCAAGGUUUACAAAUGAACUUUGAAGAUGGCUUGACUUCUUUGUACAAAGCCAGUCUUGCUUUUGUGGUUGGAGACACUUUGGAAUUUCUGAGCUGUGCAUGUAUUCUGGACACUCUUCAUACUACAGCUGCAGAGUGUUGUAAAUGA